UUAGCCAAUCACAGCAGUGGGCGUUUACACUGAAGUCUCACAGCAGACACGCCCCUUAAAACAGAACGUUCAAAUAAGAGGGCUAAAAUCAAGGUAGGAAAAAUGCCUUUUAUUUCUAAAUUAUUAAAAUUUUUAAUGUAAAAAAGCAUACUUACAUUAUAAGUACACCUCAGGAAACAUUAUAAAACAAUAAAACAACGCAGUUCAUUACUCCUUUAAACUCUCUUCAGAACAAAAGCGCAAUGAGAAUAUGGACAUCGAAAAUUGAAAGAACCUAACACUGAUUUUAUUAAUACAUCUAUAAUGUUGGCUUCUGAUUAAAAUGACAUGAAAAAAUGUUUGCAAGCAGAGAGAAAACAAUAAGUAUUUUAUUAACAUUAUUUUCAUCAGACAUUUUUAUGAUUGGUAACAUGAAAUACAUCUGAGCUCAAAUUCUGGAAAAGAAAUCUGAUAACGUAACCAGCAUCAGUAUGUAAUGUAAUGUAAUACUGACUAAUGUAAUACUACGGUCUAUCCAGUGUCCCAAAGUCCCCUUGCUAAAAGCGAUGCUUUGUUUUGUUGAUGAAUUGGUGCAAUAACUUUUAAUGUAUUUGCAGGAACACGGGGUCAAAUAAAAAGGACAAUGUCCCCAAGGACAGUGUCCCCCUUAGUGGUUCUAUUGAUUUUUAUAGGAUUGUUGGGGCCAGUGUGCGAAAAUGUAAAUAAUGUGUCUGAUUCAGCAGUUUCACAUCAUACAGCCUCAUCAGACCAAAGUGUUAACGACAGGAACCAAUCAAAUAACAGUGCACUGGAAUAUUGGCCUGUGGCCACACGUACAGAUGUUAAAAUUUUUAGGAAAGGAUCACUUGUUAUUUCCAGGCAAUAUUGGUACCCCUUUUUAGAAAUAGUCAUUAAAAAACCCAUAUCCCCUGCGAUCACCUCGGCCACAACACCAUCAUAUACAACGCAGCUAUUCAGCUCGGUGUCGUCACCAACUUCAAGUAUGCUGCCUACUUCAUCUUUCCCAGCAACCGCACAUACAACCACUUUAGGGCCAUCAACAACCAAAACAACAAAGUCUACAAUUUCAAUAGAGCCCCUAACAACCAUCAUUCAAGCACAUACAAGCAAACAGACAACAACCUCAAGACAAAUAUCAGAAACAACAGAGUCACAAAUUUCAAAACUACCGACAACAAUCACCAAUCCAACAACAACAAUCUUACCAACUGCCUACUCAAGACAAUCAACAUCCUUCACAAGUUCUACAAGAUCAGUGCUACCAGAAACUACAACUUCAAACAAUAUACCAUUAGACACCUCAAGGCAACUAACAGCCAUCACAUCAGAGCUGUCUGUAUUUCCAGAAACGAUCACUCCAUCAACAACACCAGCAACUACUUCAAUACCGCUAACUGCCAAUCCAUCUGCAAAUCUGCCAGCUACAUCAGAAGCAGGAGUUAGUGUUGAAAGCUUUAAAACUACAAUUGCUGAAAGAACAACCAGAACUGCAGAACCAGAACUGGCUUCCACUACAGCUUUAUGGUCUACAGUGGCACCUGGAACAACAAAGGCAGCAACAACAGUUCUACUACCUAAAACAGGUUUGACAAAAUAUUUUAUGACUAUACAUUUCUGUUCAAAAGUUUGGGGUUGUAAGAUUUUUUUUUUUUUUUAAAUGUUUUUGAAAAAAUGGUCUCUUAUGGCCUCCAAGGCAACAUUUGUUCAAAAAUACAGCAACAGUAAUAUUGUGAAAUACUAUUACAAUUUAAAAUAACUUUUUUAUUGUAAUAUAUUUUUAAAUGCCAUUCAUUCCUGUGACGUUAAAGCUGAAUUUUCACCAUCAUUUCUCCAUUGUCACAUGAUCCUUACUCCAGUGUCACAUGAUCCUUAAGAAAUCAUUCUAAUAUGCUGAUUUACUGCUCAAGAAACUUUUCGGUUGCACUUUAUUUUACAGUACGUGCACUUACAUGUACUUACAGUGUACUUACCUAAGAAAGUACUGGGCAAUAUCAGGUGACUACAUGGGUUAUCUUUUCUUAUUUUCCCCCCAGUAUUCUCUUGUGAAUAGAAAGAUCAAAAAAACAACAGCAUUUAUUUGACAUAGAUUUUUUUUUUUUUUUUUUUUUUUGUAACAAUGACUAUAUGUUUUUGAAUCAGAUUUAAAAGGUUAAGCAUGUUAUUCCAUUACCGCUAGCGGCAACAAACAGAGUUGAAAAACUGCAACUGCAAGACAGGUCAUUAAAAUAACUUUUUUUUCCCCCCAAUUUGACAUGCCAUAUUAAGAACACAAUGUCUGGACUUCAGGAACUAGUCAAGCCAGUGAGAUAAUUAUGUAUUACAGUGAGCUGCAGGAAGAGCAGACAAUGUUUUAGAUAACAUGAAGUUUUGGGUUUGCCAUUUUUGCAUUAUUUUUUUGUAACGGGGAAGUUAUUCAUGAAUAUAUGUGGUGCUGGAAAACAAAAGCGAGAUGAAGCAAAGUAAUGUUUAGAAGAACAUUGAUAAAAGAACAUAUUUUAACAAACAAAAAUCUUCACUCUUCACUACCAAUAUUGUUACACUAAAUGAUUUGAAUGUUAUUAUUGUACUCUAACCUGAUGCUCAUUUGAUUUACCUAUAGAGGUCAUGGCAACACUUCAGCCUACACAAGCAGUAGCUACAACAGAGGCAGUGACAAAUACAGUACAAUUUGCAAUAAAAUCAACAACGCAGUCUGAAGUCACAACAGAACCAUUACCAGCCAAAACAUAUUCAAUAACACCAAGUGAAACAACAGUGUCUGCAUCAGAAACGGCACCACCAACAACAAAAAUACCAGCUUCUAGUGCUAUUUUUACAGCUUCAGCUUCAACCUUAACAGGAGCGACAUCAGCAGCUACACUGGACACAACCACAGCAGAAACUGUUAGAAAUGAACCAGAAACAACCAAGACUACUCUAGCUGAGGUUUCAUCUACUGGAUUACAUUCAAUGGCAGUAGACACAGUGACAACAACAGGCCAAGCAGAGUCUGCUACUUCAGCCAAAGCUGCAACAUCGGUACCAGAAACAUCUCAAGUCACAAUGGAACCUACACCAAUACAAAACAAAACCACAAUGUUAAUGUCAAUGAAGCCAGUAACAGUGGAUCAUACCUCAGAGGUCUUCACCACUGUCAAAAAAGUGACAGAAGAGCGUACAACACAAGCUGAUAUGGGUUCUUCAUCAGCAGGACAAACUACAUUAAGAGCAUCUGGUACAACAGAAUCAACAAUUACUCCAACUACAGCAGCACCAAUAACAGAGGAAUCAUCACCUCUAACUGAAGCAGGUGAAGGAAAGACAACAGCUGCAAGAACAUCCAGAACUUCAGAAUCAUCUGCAGAAGCCCCAACAUUGUUAGUGUCAACAACAAGUGCAACUACUCCAGCAUCAGCAGAAGUGACAUCAGCAUUGCCAGCAACUGCAUCAGAGACAAACACAGCAUCAACUAUCAGAAAUGAACCAGAAACAAUCAAGACUACUACAGAAUCGACUACAGAAGCCCAAACAUUGUUAAUGCCAACAGUGGCACAGAGCACAAUCAGUGUAACAGCCAUGAGUGCUACAACAUCUGAAACUUCAGUAGCUACAGGGGAGUCAGUGGCUGCAGUAACAUCCAAAGAGUCUAAAACUACUAUGAUAAUGCCAACAACAUCAGUUGACAUACAGCAUAUAACCACAGACACUGUCAGAACAGUACAAACAACAACAACACAGGAACCAGCAACAGAGACGACAGUGACAACUGGUUCAACGACAGUGACAAUUGUUUCACCAAUAACCGAGGAAUCAUCACCUCUAACUGAAGCAGUUGAAGGAAAGACAACAGCUGCAAGAACAUCCAGAACUUCAGAAUCAUCUGCAGAAGCCCCAACAUUGUUAGUGUCAACAACAAGUGCAACUACUCCAGCAUCAGCAGAAGUGACAUCAGCAUUGCCAGCAACUGCAUCAGAGACAAACACAGCAUCAACUAUCAGAAAUGAACCAGAAACAAUCAAGACUACUACAGAAUCGACUACAGAAGCCCAAACAUUGUUAAUGCCAACAGUGGCACAGAGCACAAUCAGUGUAACAGCCAUGAGUGCUACAACAUCUGAAACUUCAGUAGCUACAGGGGAGUCAGUGGCUGCAGUAACAUCCAAAGAGUCUAAAACUACUAUGAUAAUGCCAACAACAUCAGUUGACAUACAGCAUAUAGCCACAGACACUGUCAGAACAGUACAAACAACAACAACAACAACACAGGAACCAGCAACAGAGACGACAGUGACAAUUGGUUCAACGACAGUGACAAUUGGUUCACCAAUAACGGAGGAAUCAUCACCUCUAACUGAAGCAGUUGAAGGAAAGACAACAGCUGCAAGAACAUCCAGAACUUCAGAAUCAUCUGCAGAAGCCCCAACAUUGUUAGUGUCAACAAGUGCAACUACUCCAGCAUCAGCAGAAGUGACAUCAGCAUUGCCAGCAACUGCAUCAGAGACAAACACAGCAUCAACUAUCAGAAAUGAACCAGAAACAAUCAAGACUACUACAGAAUCGACUACAGAAGCCCAAACAUUGUUAAUGCCAACAGUGGCACAGAGCACAAUCAGUGUAACAGCCAUGAGUGCUACAACAUCUGAAACUUCAGUAGCUACAGGGGAGUCAGUGGCUGCAGUAACAUCCAAAGAGUCUAAAACUACUAUGAUAAUGCCAACAACAUCAGUUGACAUACAGCAUAUAACCACAGACACUGUCAGAACAGUACAAACAACAACAACACAGGAACCAGCAACAGAGACGACAGUGACAAUUGGUUCAACGACAGUGACAAUUGUUUCACCAAUAACGGAGGAAUCAUCACCUCUAACUGAAGCAGUUGAAGGAAAGACAACAGCUGCAAGAACAUCCAGAACUUCAGAAUCAUCUGCAGAAGCCCCAACAUUGUUAGUGUCAACAAGUGCAACUACUCCAGCAUCAGCAGAAGUGACAUCAGCAUUGCCAGCAACUGCAUCAGAGACAAACACAGCAUCAACUAUCAGAAAUGAACCAGAAACAAUCAAGACUACUACAGAAUCGACUACAGAUGCCCAAACAUUGUUCGUGCCAACAGUGGCACAGAGCACAAUCAGUGUAACAGCCAUGAGUGCUACAACAUCUGAAACUUCAGUAGCUACAGGGGAGUCAGUGGCUGCAGUAAAAUCCAAAGAGUCUAAAACUACUAUGAUAAUGCCAACAACAUCAGUUGACAUACAGCAUAUAACCACAGACACUUUCAGAACAGUACAAACAACAACAACACAGGAACCAGCAACAGAGACGACAGUGACAAUUGGUUCAACGACAGUGACAAUUGGUUCAACAAUAACAGAGGAAUCAUCACCUCUAACUGAAGCAGUUGAAGGAAAGACAACAGCUGCAAGAACAUCCAGAACUUCAGAAUCAUCUGCAGAAGCCCCAACAUUGUUAGUGUCAACAACAAGUGCAACUACUCCAGCAUCAGCAGAAGUGACAUCAGCAUUGCCAGCAACUGCAUCAGAGACAAACACAGCAUCAACUAUCAGAAAUGAACCAGAAACAAUCAAGACUACUACAGAAUCGACUACAGAAGCCCAAACAUUGUUAGUGCCAACAGUGGCACAGAGCACAAUCAUUAUAACAGCCAUGAGUGCUACAACAUCUGAAACUUCAGUAGCUACAGGGGAGUCAGUGGCUGCAGUAACAUCCAAAGAGUCUAAAACUACUAUGAUAAUGCCAACAACAUCAGUUGACAUACAGCAUAUAACCACAGACACUGUCAGAACAGUACAAACAACAACAACACAGGAACCAGCAACAGAGACGACAGUGACAAUUGGUUCACCAAUAACCGAGGAAUCAUCACCUCUAACCAAAGCAGUUGAAGGAAAGACAACAGCUGCAAGAACAUCCAGAACUUCAGAAUCAUCUGCAGAAGCCCCAACAUUGUUAGUGUCAACAAGUGCAACUACUCCAGCAUCAGCAGAAGUGACAUCAGCAUUGCCAGCAACUGCAUCAGAGACAAACACAGCAUCAACUAUCAGAAAUGAACCAGAAACAAUCAAGACUACUACAGAAUUGACUACAGAAGCCCAAACAUUGUUAGUGCCAACAGUGGCACAGAGCACAAUCAGUGUAACAGCCAUGAGUGCUACAACAUCUGAAACUUCAGUAGCUACAGGGGAGUCAGUGGCUGCAGUAACAUCCAAAGAGUCUAAAACUACUAUGAUAAUGCCAACAACAUCAGUUGACAUACAGCAUAUAGCCACAGACACUGUCAGAACAGUACAAACAACAACAACAACAACACAGGAACCAACAGCAGAGACGACAGUGACAAUUGGUUCAACGACAGUGACAAUUGGUUCACCAAUAACAGAGGAAUCAUCACCUCUAACUGAAGCAGUUGAAGGAAAGACAACAGCUGCAAGAACAUCCAGAACUUCAGAAUCAUCUGCAGAAGCCCCAACAUUGUUAGUGUCAACAACAAGUGCAACUACUCCAGCAUCAGCAGAAGUGACAUCAGCAUUGCCAGCAACUGCAUCAGAGACAAACACAGCAUCAACUAUCAGAAAUGAACCAGAAACAAUCAAGACUACUACAGAAUCGACUACAGAAGCCCAAACAUUGUUAAUGCCAACAGUGGCACAGAGCACAAUCAGUGUAACAGCCAUGAGUGCUACAACAUCUGAAACUUCAGUAGCUACAGGGGAGUCAGUGGCUGCAGUAACAUCCAAAGAGUCUAAAACUACUAUGAUAAUGCCAACAACAUCAGUUGACAUACAGCAUAUAACCACAGACACUUUCAGAACAGUACAAACAACAACAACACAGGAACCAGCAACAGAGACGACAGUGACAAUUGGUUCAACAAUAACCGAGGAAUCAUCACCUCUAACUGAAGCAGUUGAAGGAAAGACAACAGCUGCAAGAACAUCCAGAACUUCAGAAUCAUCUGCAGAAGCCCCAACAUUGUUAGUGUCAACAACAAGUGCAACUACUCCAGCAUCAGCAGAAGUGACAUCAGCAUUGCCAGCAACUGCAUCAGAGACAAACACAGCAUCAACUAUCAGAAAUGAACCAGAAACAAUCAAGACUACUACAGAAUCGACUACAGAAGCCCAAACAUUGUUAAUGCCAACAGUGGCACAGAGCACAAUCAGUGUAACAGCCAUGAGUGCUACAACAUCUGAAACUUCAGUAGCUACAGGGGAGUCAGUGGCUGCAGUAACAUCCAAAGAGUCUAAAACUACUAUGAUAAUGCCAACAACAUCAGUUGACAUACAGCAUAUAACCACAGACACUGUCAGAACAGUACAAACAACAACAACACAGGAACCAGCAACAGAGACGACAGUGACAAUUGGUUCAACGACAGUGACAAUUGUUUCACCAAUAACGGAGGAAUCAUCACCUCUAACUGAAGCAGUUGAAGGAAAGACAACAGCUGCAAGAACAUCCAGAACUUCAGAAUCAUCUGCAGAAGCCCCAACAUUGUUAGUGUCAACAAGUGCAACUACUCCAGCAUCAGCAGAAGUGACAUCAGCAUUGCCAGCAACUGCAUCAGAGACAAACACAGCAUCAACUAUCAGAAAUGAACCAGAAACAAUCAAGACUACUACAGAAUUGACUACAGAAGCCCAAACAUUGUUAGUGCCAACAGUGGCACAGAGCACAAUCAGUGUAACAGCCAUGAGUGCUACAACAUCUGAAACUUCAGUAGCUACAGGGGAGUCAGUGGCUGCAGUAACAUCCAAAGAGUCUAAAACUACUAUGAUAAUGCCAACAACAUCAGUUGACAUACAGCAUAUAGCCACAGACACUGUCAGAACAGUACAAACAACAACAACAACAACACAGGAACCAACAGCAGAGACGACAGUGACAAUUGGUUCAACGACAGUGACAAUUGGUUCACCAAUAACAGAGGAAUCAUCACCUCUAACUGAAGCAGUUGAAGGAAAGACAACAGCUGCAAGAACAUCCAGAACUUCAGAAUCAUCUGCAGAAGCCCCAACAUUGUUAGUGUCAACAACAAGUGCAACUACUCCAGCAUCAGCAGAAGUGACAUCAGCAUUGCCAGCAACUGCAUCAGAGACAAACACAGCAUCAACUAUCAGAAAUGAACCAGAAACAAUCAAGACUACUACAGAAUCGACUACAGAAGCCCAAACAUUGUUAAUGCCAACAGUGGCACAGAGCACAAUCAGUGUAACAGCCAUGAGUGCUACAACAUCUGAAACUUCAGUAGCUACAGGGGAGUCAGUGGCUGCAGUAACAUCCAAAGAGUCUAAAACUACUAUGAUAAUGCCAACAACAUCAGUUGACAUACAGCAUAUAACCACAGACACUGUCAGAACAGUACAAACAAAAACAACACAGGAACCAGCAACAGAGACGACAGUGACAACUGGUUCAACUACAGAAACCAUCACCAAAAAGGAGUCCUCAGAGGUCUUCACCACUGUCAAAAAAGUGACAGAAGAGCGUACAACACAAGCUGAUAUGGGUUCUUCAUCAGCAGGACAAACUAUGUUAAGAGCAUCUGGUACAACAAAAUCAACAAUUACUCCAACUACAGCAGCACCAAUGACCACAAAUACUGAUCCUCCUACCCGUGAUGAGGGAAGCAUAAUGUUAAGAUUCAGUCUAAAUGAAACUUUCCAAGAAUCAUAUAGGAACAGAUCAUCCCCUGCUUUCCUUACAUUGACAUCCAGAGUGGUAUCUGUGGUAAACUUAAUUUACAUGGCAAGCAAUCUCCAAGGAUUCAGGCGAUGCAGAGUUGAAUCCUUCUCGAGUGGCUCCAUUAAAGUUGAAAUGACUCUUGUCUUUGACAAUUCUUCUAUUGUUCCAAGCUCAGUUGAGGUAGAAGCUAUUCUUAAUAGAAACACUAUGAAUGGCACCAUACCUCUUAACAUCAUACUGGAUACUAUCAAAGCAGGGGAAACAGUUACUUCUACACCUGCGCCUGUCACAAUUGGAACCAUACAAAUUACUGCCACAGCAAGUACAAAUGAGAACACAAACUCCACCUCUGGUGCCUUUUCAUGGAUGGUUUGCUGUUCACUAAUGGCUAUAUCUCCAUCCAUCACUGUUUUAUUAGUUCAAACUGUGAUGUUUUUGUAAUUGUAUAGUGCACUAGUAAAGUUCAAAAAAGAGAUAAAACACUAUAGAAAGACACCAUGUUUAAUAUAAUAUUUAUGCUGAUUUGAUUAGUGAAUAUAGACAAAUGUAGAAAUUAUUGCAUUAAAAUUAAGCAAUAUAUUGUUUACAGCAUUUAUUAAUGUUAGAUAAUAAAAAUGUUCUUGUUCAUGCAUUAAGUAAUGUUAACAGAUGCAGCUUUUGAUCUUCAAAAUCUAUUUAAAAAUGUUGAGAUUAUCAUUCGCUUAGACUAAUUAAUGCUGUAGAAGUAUUUUUCAUUGUGAGUUCAUGUUAACUAACAUAGUUAAUGUCACAUCUAGUUUUUUUAGGGGGGGGGGACCAAAAAAGUUUGAGAAACCACUAAUGUAAAAUAAAUAAACUGCACUUGGGUUCAAAGCAACUUGCCUCAGUGGAUCAUAGUUACAGUUAUCUGUUAAAGGUGCAAGGACAUUUUUGGAGAGGCUAGCAAUAGCAAACCAGCUUUCAAAUUCAUAACAUCCCACCCUCACUUCAGAGUGCUCUCCAAAUCCAUGCCUCCUUCAAAACUCAAAAGCAUACACACAGCUGCUCUCGGCAAAGCGUCACUCAAGAUGGUGUUGUGCCGAAUUUCGACUACCUGCUAAAUUAUUAACCCCCUCGUUGAAGUUGCUACCUGAUUGCCUAAUCCUAUCCCCACCCCUAAUCAACCAUAAACAACUUAGAGAGCUUGUACCUGACUGCUGCAGAUUCAUUUCGGUGUUGAUACUGUUGACAUGGAAAUGCUUAAUUCCAAGACUGGGUGAUUGAACAGCCCCGGUUAGAAUGUCACUUUUAUUACCUAUUGCACUUUUAACAAAUGAAACCUUAUUGUAAAGUGUUACCAUAUUAGCUAAAAAAAAAAGUAAUUAGUUAUGGUCAGUCCUUCAUCUGAGAAGGAGUCAUCAGGGAUUUGUGCAAUUCAAUAGUUUGUCAUAUAAAACAUUUAUUUGUUGGUUUGGAAAAUAAGAUGCUUCACUUUAUUCUUUUUGAAUACUUAUGUUUUGUUAACAUUAUUUUGUUGAUAUUUCAGAUAUUUUGAGUACUGAAUUUGUAUAUUCUUUGUUAGUAAAGUUAAUCCAUUCUGA